ACUUCAAAAUGGCCACUGGUAGCAGCUUACUUGGGGUUUAACAGAGGUUUUCCCUUCUGGCCUCUCCGUCUUCGCUCUCUAGUUGGCUCAGACCCUUAUCUCCUCCACUCCGCCACCGAAAAUGGCUUCCACAGCCUCUAUGACCCACAGAGCUCAAUUUCAGUCCCCAACUUGGCCAUCAAAACCUUCCAAAAUCAUCAGAAUUCACAAACCCUACAAAAAUCUCCAUUUCCUCUCUGUACCAAUCAACCAUUCUCUGUCUACUCCUCUAGUUUCUUCCUUUUCUUUCCCUCUUAUUCCCAAAUUCCCUCGUAAUCUACUCCCCUUUCACCCCGUACAAGAUGCUACUGAGGAGCAUAUCCUCGAAGACAUCGAGAAUUCCAUGAGAAAUCAUCCAAAUCUUGAAAAUUUGAUCAAACUGGAAUUACCCAGUAGCCACAAUCGCCAAAUUAUAUGUCCAGAAUCGUCUAAAAGAGUUUUUAUAGAAGAUCCUCCCUGGAUUUCUGCCCUUUUUUUCAAGGGACUGUAUAAGAUAGCUAAUCGAGAAUUGAAGGUAGAGUUCAAAGAUAUUGAGAAGAGAAAGUAUAAUUUACUUAGGCGGCGGCAAAUUAGACAAGAGACUGAGGCGUGGGAGAGAAUGGCGGAAGAAUAUAGGAGUUUAGUGAGGGAAAUGUGCGAGAGGAAGUUGGCACCAAAUUUGCCAUAUGUCAAGGGACUGUUUUUGGGGUGGUUUGAGCCCUUGAAAGAGGCUAUAAAGAAGGAGCAGAAUCUGCAGAGGUCGAAGAAACAGAAGGCGGCAUUUGCUCCCCAUAUUGAGUUGCUGCCAGCAGAUAAGAUGGCAGUGAUCGUCAUGCACAAGAUGAUGGGGCUGUUAAUGGUUGGUCAUGAAGAUGGGUGUAUACCAGUUGUCCAGGCUGCGGUGAAAAUUGGUAUGGCCGUAGAGCAGGAGGUUAGGAUCCAUAAUUUCUUGGAAAAAACCAAGAAUUUCCAAAGAAAUAAGAAAACAACUGAUGCUCAACAGAAUCUGGGAAGAGAGAAGGAGAUACUUAGAAAACGUGUUAAUAAUUUGAUUAGAAGGAAAAGGCUUACUGAGGUGCAGAAGCUGGUGAAAAAUGAAGAAAUGAAACCUUGGGGUCGAGAUACUCAGGCUAAGCUGGGAAGUUGCCUUGUAGAACUGUUAACUGAAACAGCUUUUGUUCAACCCCCAGUUAACCAGUCAGCAGAUAGUCCACCUGAUGUUCGACCUGCAUUUCGGCACAGAUUUAAAACUAUAACAAAUAAUCCAGGGCAAAAGAUUGGGAAGAAAUAUGGGGUUAUAGAAUGUGAUCCCCUCAUUCUCAGUGGACUUGAUGGAUCUGUUAAUCAUAUGUUGAUUCCUUAUUUUCCAAUGCUAGUACCUCCGAAAAAAUGGAAAGGGUAUGACAAGGGUGGACACUUUUUCUUGCCUUCCUAUAUCAUGCGUACUCAUGGAUCUAGGAAGCAACAAGAUGCCCUUAGGAGGGUUCCUGCAAAAAACAUGCAGAAAGUAUAUGAGGCCCUCGAUACACUUGGAAACACAAAAUGGAGGGUGAACAGAAGAGUACUUAAUGUGGUGGAAAGCAUAUGGGCAAGGGGAGGCAAUGUAGCUGGCUUGGUUGACCGUGCAGAUAUUCCAGUACCAGAGAAACCACUUUCAGAGGACUUAACUGAGAUUCAGCAGUGGAGGUGGAGUAUGAGGAAGGCGAAAAAGAUAAACCGGGAAAGGCAUUCUCAGCGAUGUGACACUGAACUGAAGCUUUCUGUGGCACGAAAACUGAAAGAUGAGGAGGGCUUUUAUUAUCCUCACAAUCUUGAUUUUCGAGGACGUGCAUACCCUAUGCAUCCACAUUUGACUCAUCUGAGUUCUGAUCUUUGUCGAGGAAUUCUUGAAUUUGCAGAAGGACGACCAUUGGGGAAGUCUGGGUUACACUGGCUGAAGAUACAUUUGGCAAACCUGUAUUCUGGAGGGGUUGAAAAACUGUCUCAUGAAGGGCGCCUAGCUUUUGUGGAAAAUCACUUGGAUGACAUAUUUGAUUCAGCAGAAAACCCCGUCCAUGGACAAUGUUGGUGGCUAACAGCUGAAGAUCCUUUCCAGUGCUUAGCAGCUUGUAUUAAUCUAUCGGAAGCCUUAAAGAGCUCAUCACCUCAUACUGUCAUCUCUCACCUGCCAAUCCAUCAGGAUGGAUCAUGCAACGGUUUGCAGCAUUAUGCAGCCUUGGGAAGAAACAGUCUGGAAGCUGCUGCUGUUAACUUGGUUGCUGGAGAAAAACCCGCUGAUGUUUAUACAGAAAUUGCUUUGAGGGUCCAUGAAUUAAUAAAAAGAGACAGCAGUAAGGACCCUGCUACCAAUCCAAAUGCUAUAUUAGCCAAGCUCUUAAUUGAUCAGAUAUUUGUGAAUUUUCAGGUGGAUCGAAAAUUGGUUAAGCAAACAGUAAUGACUUCAGUAUAUGGUGUCACUUACGUUGGGGCACGCGAGCAAAUAAAAAGAAGAUUAGAGGAGAAGGGUCACAUUACAGAUGAUAGACUGCUAUUUAGUGCAGCUUGUUAUACUGCUAAAGUGACAAUGACUGCUCUGGGAGAAUUGUUCCAAGCUGCACGUGAUAUAAUGAAUUGGCUUGGUGAUUGUGCAAAGGUUAUUGCUUCAGAAGAUCAACCUGUGCGGUGGACAACUCCUCUAGGUCUUCCUGUUCUGCAACCCUACUAUAAGAGUGAACGACAUCUUAUAAGAACUUCACUUCAGGUUUUGGCCCUUCAGCGGGAGGGUAGCUCGGUAGAGGUUAGGAAACAGAGAACUGCAUUCCCUCCAAAUUUUGUUCACUCACUUGAUGGUUCACACAUGAUGAUGACUGCUGUGGCAUGCAGAGAUGCUGAUUUGCGUUUUGCAGGUGUGCAUGACUCCUUCUGGACACAUGCGUCAGAUGUGGAUUUGAUGAAUCGAAUUCUGAGGGAAAAGUUUGUGGAGCUUUAUAGCACGCCAAUACUUGAAAAUUUGCUGGAGAACUUCCAGACGUCAUAUCCAACGCUGAAAUUUCCUCCUCUCCCAGAGCGAGGCAACUUUGACUUGCAAGAAGUUCUCAGAUCUCCAUAUUUUUUCAAUUGAUUCUCCACCAAGCAUCAACCUAGCAUACUUAAUCAGAAGCAUCAUUUCUUCUGUUUUCGGCGUAAGACUAGCGCAAGCAUUCCACAGGAAACUAAUGCGGCAUCAAGCUGACCUUUGAAGUGGGAAAUAGAAGCACAAGGUUGCUUCUCCAAGGACACAGAAAGGUUGUGAAACAGUUUUGGUACAACUGCACCUUCAAGGGCUUUCUUGAAAGACUAUUGUACAUGGUAAUCAGGAUCAACUGAUCUCCAGAAGUACACAUUAAAGGAGACAUUACCUACCUUCAGUUAAAUCAUAAGAUUGUUGAUUUCUAGUCAAAGGCGUGAUCUUCCAAAGACUAAUCAGCAGAAAGACAUUCAUAGAUGGAUUUCUUUAAGCGAUGAGGUAUAUAACACAAUACAUGAGGCAUAGUUUCUUUCUUCUCAGUUUUCUCCCCUCCCCUUGGCAGGCCCGUCACCCGAAAUCAGGCUACUUUUAUUGCUGUCAAUAGAUUUAAGAUCUUUCAUUUUUCCUCCAGCUUUUUGUUUAUCUGUAAAUGCUGUAUCAUGUAGGACGUGACGAGUCCAUUGACGUAUUAAUUUGUUAACUGUACUAGUUAUAGGAAAAAUAGCGAAGUCAGUCAAGACUUUGCUGAAAGAUAAUGCAAUAGAAAGAAAUAUGGAAAUUGGAUUGGUUCAUUA